GUAUGUUCUUCCCAUGUCGAAAAUUGGAUUCAGAAUAGCCAGCCAAAUUCACAAAUUUCUUCUACUGUUUUUGCAGCUAGGGUUUAUCUCUAUCGAACUGCAUAUGCCAUAUCAAUGUAUGUAAAGUGUGUGUAAAGGUAUAAUCUGCUUGGAGAAUCACCGAUGGAGGAAGGCAGUCGCGGAGGUAAUGAUGGUGCGUCGUCAUCGUCGCCAUUAUUAACCGGUGGUGGGCGGCAGAGGUUUGAGGUGGAGUUGAGACCUGGAGAGACAACAAUUGUGUCGUGGAAGAAGCUUGUGAAGGAUGCCAAUAAAGCUGCCAGUAACAAGAAGUCCCUUCCUGUACCGGCUCCUACUGUUGCUGUUAAUCAAACCCUAGAUUCUCUGAAUGCCCCUCCUUUGGGAGAGUCUGCUGAAAAUAAAGCCAAUGAUGCACCCCAUGGUAGCCGUUUCAGUGCUGUCAUUGAGAAGAUUGAACGCUUAUACAUGGGUAAAAAUAGUAGUGACGAAGAAGAUCUUAAUGAUGUUCCUGAUGAUGAUKAGUAUGACACUGGAGACUCAUUCAUAGAUGAUGCAGAGCUGGAUGAAUAUUUCCAGGUUGACAAUUCAGCAAUAAAGCAUGACGGAUUCUUUGUAAACCGUGGCAAAUUAGAGCGCACAGUAGUUACUCAGAAUGAGCCUACUGCUUUGCCAAGCCAGCAACCAAAAAAGAGGAGAAGGAAAGAUUCAGCAAAAGUUUAUGGUUGCAAUGAUGAUGGACAGUUGAAUAAUCUUAAAGUUAAUAAUAAGGCAGCUGGAAAGGUUGUGGCACCAGUAGACAAAAAUUUUACCAUUUCAUCUCAGAGUAAAUCUUCAUCAACUAUAAAUUUUGAAGAUAUAAAAUAUCAGGACCUGACGACAGCUCUUGAAACUGUUGUGAAGAAAUCUUCUGACUUGAGAAAUGUAGUUGAUCCAUCAUGUACAAGUAUUUCAAAUGCUGAAGCUAUAAUGAUGACAAAUAACAUUGACAAGCAGAAGGCCGGAGUCCUCCAACACAAAGACUACGGUAGUAAAUUGCAAGAUGGAAGUCCCUCCUCCAUGGUUCAGAGGUCUGAUGACAAGAGCUCUCAGGUGCAACCAAAAUCUCAAUACGGACUAUCAUUUAACAACUCCGAAGAGUUGAAUCGAUCACUAGCCACGAGAGAGAAAAAUGUGAUUCGUGAACAGUCAGAAGCCAAGGCCAAUGAGAUAACUCCGCAAACUAAGAAGAACCCACUCAUGGCAAGAAAGGAAGGCUCCUAUACCAAACCUAAAAGUACAAUGCUUGAGAAAGCUAUUAGGGAUUUGGAGAAGAUUGUAGUGGAAUCAAGGCCACCAAGUAUGGAGGUUGCUGAUGCUGACGGUUCAUCUCAGGCUGUCAAAAGGAGAAUGCCUCCUGAAAUAAAGCAAAAGUUGGCUAAAGUUGCUAGACUGGCGCAUGCGAUACAUGGAAAAAUCUCAAAGGAGCUACUUAAUCGAUUGAUGAAUAUCGUUGGUCAUCUGAUACAGCUCCGAUCAUUGCGGAGAAAUCUAAAGAAUAUGGUUAAUAUGGGAUUGUCUGCCAAAGAAGAGAAAGAUGUCAGGAUGCAGCAGUUAAAGAAACAAAUAGAUGAGAUGGUUAAGAUAAGGGCGCCCAUGAUGAAGUCCAAGUUUCAGGCUAUGGGGCAGCAGGUUGGGGCAUCUGAUGAUUUUCAAGAAACUGGGGCCAAAGAAAAGGAAGUCCUUAAAAGAAGAAUUACCAUGGAUGAUACAUUAGAGGACAAGAUAUGUGACCUUUAUGACCUUUUUGUUGAGGGACUCGAUGAAGAUUCAGGUCACCAAGUUAGGAAGCUUUAUGCAGAGCUUGCAGAACUGUGGCCACAAGGUUUUAUGGACAAUCAUGGGAUUAGACGAGCAAUUUGUAGGGCAAAAGAUAGGAGAAAAGCACUACACAGACAAAAGUUUGGUGUGAAGGAUCAAGAGAAGUUGAAGAGGAAAAAAAUUGUUGCUACAAAAACCAAGACUCUUGAAUUAGAAGGUGGCUUUCCAACUGCAGCCAUGAGGUCGAUUUCCAACACUUCAGCCGCUGCUCCCAACAAGCCAAAACAAGAGAAGCUGAAGGGUGAUAACAACGAGAGUGAUGUAGCGCCAUCGGAAAUGUUGGUGAAAAGGGGGAAGAGGAAACCCGAGACCAAAUUGUGUGAAGCCCAAAUCCCACAAGAGAAAACUACAUCAGCACAAGCGGAGGAAAGACACAAGUCCCGUAAGCAAAUCAUCCCAACCGUCACUGCAGCUCCUCAACCACCGUUGACAUGAGCUCAACACGAAUACACAAGUCUGAUAGUUUCGAUUCACAUAGGUAUUAUUCGGUCGGUUUUUCAACUUUUUCCAAACUACCUAAUAGCCUAACCGAAGAAGGUUCGGUUUAAUCAGUUUGGUAACUGGGUGAAUAUGUAGUCGAGUCUAUGUGGUUUUUUCGAUGUGUUAGAACAGAGCUAUCCGACCACCUCCAAGUUGUGAUGGCCUUCCGAAAGAAAGAGCAGACGCCAUCCUCACUGCACCAGUCGUCCAGUCUUAUAACCAUUAUGGAGGUAAAUCAUUGGGUUUGAAUCCGGGACCUCCUUUACGGAUGCCCACCAUACUACCACAACGAUAACACGUGAAGAUUGAUGACCUUGUUUCGUGUGCAUGAACCGGUAGCUCUGUUGUGAGUCGUGACAAUUAAGGGUGUAAAUGAACCAAGUCUGAGCUGAAUUGAGUUGAGUUGCAGGUCAAGGCUUAAGCUCGGGCUUAAAAAAAUAAUAUAAAGCUCGAGCUCAAAUAUCUUUAUCAAAGUAGGGCUCGAGUUUUAACUCAAAUAUUUUUUGGAAUAUUUGAGCUCGCUUUUGGAGGUUUAGAAAUAUGAGUUAUAUGUAAUACCUAAAAUUCAAGCUUUAUAAUUUUAGUUACAGGCUCGAACUCGAGAUUGAUUAACUGGUUUAUUCGU